CAAGGGACCAAAUUUCUUUCUAACAUAUGUUAAAAAACCAAAGUUAACCUUCAUCCUAUCUGAUUCAUCCUUCAGUUUGCACUCUCGCCUGCAGCAAACUCAUCCCCUCUUUUUUGUGUGCUCUGGCUAUCAUGAAUUCCGGCUGAUUUUAGAACUAAAAAUCAGCCAGGUUUGCGAUAUGAUUCUGUUUUCAUGACCUGAUUUUUCGUCAAUGCUCUUCAGUUUCAUGAAUUUUGUCUAGGUUUACCCGUUCCCUUUCCUUGUAAUCAUGUUAGCUUUCUCCAACCAUAACUGUACUCUAAUAUGCAAAAUUCAAGCGUCACAUUGCUCGCAUUCAUGGAAACAAUCUUCUUUUACAAAACUAACAAAUUUAAACCUUCUAAAACCCCAAAAUUUCCGGUUAGUAUGUGCCGUUGGCGACCUAGGGCAAAUGCAGAAAGUUGAAGAUGAGAGACCGCGGAUUAGAUGGGCAGAAAUCAACCUUGAUGAAAUCAAUGACGCGCAAAGGAACCAUAUAUCUCGAUUGCCGAAAAACAUGACCAAUCGAUGCAGAGCCUUGAUGAAACAAUUGAUUUGUUUUUCGCCUGAAAAAACUAACCUAUCGAUAUUGUUGGCUACGUGGGUAAGGAGUAUGAAGCCUGUUCGAGCUGAUUGGCUUGUUGUUCUCAAAGAAAUGGGAAACAUGAAUCAUCCAUUGCGUUUCGAAGUGGCGGAAUUUGCCCUUCUUGAAGAAUCAUUUGAACCCAAUAUCCGUGACUAUACAAAGAUCAUUCAUGGUUAUGCUAAGCAAAGUCGAUUACAAGAUGCUGAAAACACAUUACAAGCCAUGAGAAAUGAAGAUACAUUCGAAAAAAUGAAGCUUCUGAGUCUUCCUCUAGAUAACCGAGCUUACGGGUCAAUGGUUAUGGCAUACAUUAGAGCCGGGAUGUUAAAAGAAGGAGAAAUUCUACUUAAAGAAAUGGAAUCUCAACAAGUUUAUGCCAAAAGUGAAGUUUACAAGGCAAUGUUAAGAGCAUACUCCAUGAGUGGCGAUAGUGUGGGAUCUCAAAGAAUCUUUGAUGCAAUUCAAAUUGCGGGUAUUAUUCCUGAUGAUAAAAUAUGCACGCUUUUAAUUAACGCAUAUGUAACUUCAGGUCAAAAUCGAGAAGCUUAUGUUGCAUUUGAGAAUAUGAGGAGAGCGGGUAUUAGGCCCAAUGAUAAGUGUGUGGCUUUGAUGUUGGAUGUUUAUGAGAAGGAGAAGAAGCUUAAGGAAGUGUUGGAUUUUUUGAUGGAUUUGGAGAGUGAUGGGAUUAUGAUCGGGAAAGAAGCUUCCGAGAAAUUGGCUCGUUGGUUUCGGGAAUUGGGAGUUGUAGAAGAAGUUGAGCUUGUCCUAAGAGAUUAUGGUUCAAUAGAGGUGUAA